AUGCGUUUUUUGAAUUUCAUUUUGUUCUUCUAUUUAAUACACAGAUAUAAAAAUUCAAAAAUGAGUGCACCGAUCGAACGAUUAUCUUUACCAAUUCCACUAUCAACUACUGUGGAUGUCAAGCAUCUUCUCCCAUCUACAACUAUUGAAACAUUAAAAACUUAUUGUGAAAAGUAUGGAAAGGUGAGCGAUGCACAUAUUUCAAAUAAUAUUGCUUAUGGUAAUAAAUGUGGUACAGUCACGUUCGACGAACAAGCAGUUGCCGAUGAUUUUAUUCUUAAACAACAUCACAAAAUUGAUGGUCAGCAUAUUAUGGCAUCAAAAGCAUCACUAGUUGGUAAUUAUCCGACACAACGAUCCUUCUUAGAAUUACCGCGUUUUACGCGAAAAAGCGAGGAACGAAUGUCAAAAGAAAAUUUAUCACCAACACCACAAAAAUAUCGACGACAAGAAUUUCAACGUAAUAAGCCUUAUUAUCAAACGCGAAUAAAAAAUAAUAAUUAUGCGAAUUCGUAUAAACAAAAUAAUCGUCCAUCAUCAACAUUCUCAUCUCCACCACGUCCAUCACAAAACGUAUCAGAUAAUAGUAGUUUACCAUUCAUAUCUGGAGGAGAAAAUUUUGUUGACAAUACGAUAAACAACGAUUCAUUAGAAGAUCAAAUAAUAAAUUGUGCAAAACGUUUAAAAACACGAAAUCAGACAAGUAACGGUAAUGAUGAAAUUAUCGUCAAAUUAAAAGCUGAUUUUGAGCAAAAAGAAAAAUACUAUUUAGACGAACAAAGUCGAAUGAAAUCUGAUCUUGACAUAAAAGAAAAACAACAUGUAGAUGAAAAACGACGUUUUCAACAAGAAAAAGCACAAUUCGUUGAAUGGGCUAAUCAACAGAAAAUUCACUAUGAAUAUGAAUUAGGAAAGUUGAAAGAAGUACAAAAACAACAACAAGAACAAACUGAAGAAUUUCAAAAAAAGUAUCAGGAACAACAGAGCAUGUGUGAAAUACGUAAAAAAGAGGCCAGUGAUUUUCAAAAACAGUAUCAGCAUGAGAAAGAUUUAAAUAAAGCAAAUCAAUUGAUUUUAAAUAAACGUGAGGAACAUCACAAUCAAAUGAAAAUAAGAUAUGAAAAAUUAUGGGAAGAAUAUUCGCGUAUCAAAAAAGAGUAUGAUAAUAUGCGCGGCAAAGAUAUUAAAUUAGCCGUCAAAGUUCGUCCAAAAGCAAAAUAA